AUGGUCAUUAUGGCUGGUCUAGAUUUAAGUAGUGCAUCUCGUUACGUUCAUCAACUUCAUCACCCUGAAUUUAAUCUCCAACUACAACCCGAAAACGAUGAAAAUACAAAAAACAAUCCAUUUUCAAAUGACCAUAUCAACCACAACCAGUUUGAUCUAGUAGGUGCAAAUUCAUCUGGACCGGGCGACCUAGUUGGUCGUAGACCAAGGGGUCGCCCUCCAGGGUCCAAAAAUAAACCGAAGCCUCCGGUUAUUAUCACUAGGGAAAGUGCGAAUACGUUACGGGCACAUAUUCUUGAAAUUGGUAAUGGAUGUGAUGUAUUUGAAUGUAUAUCAUCGUAUGCUAGACGAAGACAACGUGGGAUCUGUAUAUUAAGUGGAAGUGGAAUUGUUACUAAUGUAAGUAUAAGGCAACCAACAAGUACUGGUAAUAAUAAUAAUACUGGUAAUAUUAGUUCUUCAUCGGUCGUUACAUUAAAUGGUCGAUUCGAGAUUUUGUCACUUAGUGGUUCGUUUUUACCACCACCAGCACCACCAGGGGCAACAAGUUUGACUAUAUUUUUGGCUGGUGGACAAGGACAAGUUGUUGGAGGAAGUGUGGUAGGUGAGUUGAUGGCUGCUGGACCAGUUAUUGUUAUAGCUUCAUCUUUUACUAAUGUUGCUUAUGAAAGAUUGCCUUUAGAGGAAGAUGGUAAUACACAAGGCUCCGAUGGUGGUGGUGGUGAUGGGGUUGUUAAUAAUAACCCUUUUCCGGACCCGUCUAAUCCUGGGCUUCCAUUUUUUAAUCUACCGUUAAAUAUGCCUAACUGUUUAAAUCCUGGAUCUGCUUCUGUUGAUGGGUGGGUGGGGAAUCCAGGUCUUCGCCCACCUUUUGGAGUUUAG